CGCACUCAAUUGGUUGGCAAUUGAUAUAGCCAUGCAAGGUGGUCACGGGUGACGCCGCAUGAUUGUGUCUCACAAAAUUCGAGCAGGGUGGAAUUGAUGAGAUUGGGAAUUCGGAGCAGAGCGCCACCUGGCUUCUUACUCCGGACGAGAAACCACUUGAAUAAUGUAUGACACGAUCAGUAAUUCAAUCAAACGAUAUGCCGUUCAAUUCGUGGAACAGACGUUGCGCAGAACCUUAGCACCAGUAAGAUUGGUUUCUCGAGCGGGCAGCGAGGAGCAAGUGCUAUGCGAUGGAGGGUUGGCGGAGCAUCCCGACGACAGAGUGACGAUUUAUAUCAAUGACAAUAAGUUGUGGACGAGAUUACUCUCCGAUUUCGACCUGGGGUUCGCAGAGGCGUACAUGCUCCAAGAAGUGGACUGCGACAACCUCAGCAAGGUCUUCGACUUAUAUAUUCAGAAUCCCAGUGCCCUGGACCCAGGCACUUUCCUGCUGCAAUGGGUCCCGCGGGUGACUCGGUGGUGGCGACCGGAGAACAACAUCGACAAUGCGAGACUACACAUUGCGUCCCACUAUGAUACAUCGAAUACGUUAUUUUCAAACUUUCUAUCCCCGGAUAUGAACUAUUCGUGCGCUCACUGGUCAGCCGAUUCCGAUGAAACUCUCGAAGUCGCCCAAAGGAGAAAGGUGCAUCACCUCAUCAAGAAGGCACGCAUCGAACCAGGGCACCACCUGUUGGAUAUAGGCUGCGGAUGGGGGGACUUGAUAAUUACAGCUGCGCGAGACAGGGGAUGUAAAGCGACGGGCUUGACCUUAUCCGAGGAGCAGAAGGCUUUGGCCGACAAAAGGAUAAAACAGGCAGGAUUGGAAGGUCAGAUCCGCGUGCUGCUGUGUGACUACCGUGAAGCUCCUUGCCCAGAUAACGGAUAUGACCAGAUCAUCUCGGUCGGGAUGUUUGAGCACGUCGGACCCCAGUAUAUGGAUCAAUAUUUUCAGACGAUUACCCGGCUGCUCAAGAAAGAUGGCGGCGUGAUGGUCAUCGACGGGAUAACGAAAACUGGCACGUUCUACAAGACGAAUCCGCUCGUGGGAGAUUACAUCGACAAAUACGUCUUCCCCGGUGGGUAUCUGCCCACGCCAAAUAUCUUGCUCGAAGCGAUGAACCGCGGCAGCAACAGCACCCUGGAAGUCUCCUCUGUGAUCAAUACGGGCCCUCAUUACGGGAAAACGCUACUCGCGUGGAAAGACAACUUCGUCCAGAACUGGGAAACCAUUCGCAGGGACUUCUGCGACAAGCACCCUGGCGCGGAUACGGCAGACGUGGAGGCCUAUCGUAGGCGAUGGCUGUACUAUUUUCUUUACUGUGAGGCGGGAUUCCGUAGGCGCAUUCUGGGAAACUAUAUGAUCUGUGCUGUGCGUGUUCCCGAGCCUGUUGUCAUGUAUGAUGACCUUGCGUGUGAGUGGUAGACGUGUUUAUAGAAGUCUGAUACUAGUGUGGGUAUCACCCCCUGAUAGGAUAGU